ACUGUACCAACCGGAGUGACUGAGUGUGUGUGUGUGUGUGUAUGUAUAAUGUAUGUAUGUAUUCCCCACGGUGGCGAUACCAUAUCUCUACACUCGUCUUUGCAUGCUUCACCAACUCAUUCUAAAGAAAACCCAAAACCCAAAUCACCUUACGGAGGAGUGUACAUGAGAAAAAAGGAGAAUUGAGCACUUUCAUCCGGGCUGUGGGGAAUCCGGGACCGACCCAGAUGAUAAAAGCGGGUAAUUUCUCGUGGGUAAUUUUCCGUUCCGUGUUUUAUCUGAUCAUCACUUGGUCGCCAUUGUUGCCUUUGAUAUGAUCGCGUUAUUUCUUGUUUCUUUUGUUGUGAAAUAUUAUAUCAGUGGGUUAAUAUAAUCAGUGUAAUUUCUGUUGUUAUUGGAUUUGUUGUUUGAUUGUGUUUGUGGUGAGAUGUUUGAGAGAGCUGGGGUUGGAGUGAAGAUGAAGGAUGAUGAGGAGGAGCUGGAGAUGUUGUUGGAUGAGAUCCCUCAUGCAACAUCUUUCAAUCUGAAUAAUAAUCAUCUUCAUAGCAAUGGGUGUUGUGAGUGUGAUGGGUCAUAUGUGAGGAGGAAAUUGUAUGAUCAUUCAUGUGUUUCCCCUCUCAGAGGGGUUUUAGUGAAAUCUGAUGGCUCUCCUUCAGCCAUGUGCUCUGGUGGAUCACCAACUCCAUCUCCCAUGGAGGAGUUAAAACCCUGUGUGGUUUCUGAUCAUUUGAAGGGGGGGUUGCAGAUCAAUCAUGGAAUUGGUGAUUAUCAUGGUGGUAUGAGGGUGGAUGGGGAUAGUUUCAGUGAUCUGAAUUUGGGGAAGAAUUUUAGUAGUAGGUUGUAUAUUAGUGGGGAGCAAGAGAGUGGGUCGAAAAGGAGCGAUGCUUUACAGUUUUCUGAGCAUCCAGUGGCCGGGAGUGUUAGAAUGGUGCCCGAAAGGUUUAGGGCGGUUGGUGAUCAGAGGAUGGGCGUUUCUGAUUAUAGAGGAGGAUUUGUAUCGUCUGCUCCUGUAGCCCAAAAUCCAAUAGGGGUUAAUAGUCAGGUGGGUUCUCCAAUGCCGGUUGGAUUGUCAUAUGAUUGUGGAUUUGGUAAUUUAUAUGCAACGCAAUAUCUUUCUGGUCUAUCGAAUGGAUUGGUUUCGCAAUUGAAUCCGAAUAGUAGUGCUGUGGAUUCACAGCUCUACCAAACUAAAGUGCUGGCUGGUCAUCUCUAUCACGUAGGAAUUCCAUUGUCGGAUUUGCCUGGUUCUGUAAUGUGGAACGUAGCUGAUAGCUUGUUACAUGCUCCUCGAAAUGGAAGGUCUGUAGCUGGAGAGUUCCCGUUUGUGCCUCAGUUGACUCACAGAAAGUCUCACAUUGAUGCAGAGAAUGCCUUUUACUCGCAUCAACAUUUGUCAAAUGGAAGGAACGUGACACAGAGUGCUAGAAUGCCUCAAGGGAAUAUGAAUAUCGAGGCUUUUACUAGGGAUGAUAGCUUGAUCGUGCAAGGGGAAGGCUUAAGUUGCACUGAAAAAAAUGCACAUCCACUUUCAAUAGGACACGACAGUCAGAGGUCAUUACAUGAGUCGGGUUUGGCCAGGCCUCAAGAAAAGAGGUCACAACAACUAUACGGUAGUCCCAAGAGCAAAGGCAUUCAGGAAAGCGGGCGAAGCAGUGGGCUGUAUCUCCCUUUCUCUCUACCGCUCAAGCUUAGCUCAUUGAGAGAAGUUCAAGGAUAUAUUUCUCACAUGGCAAAGGAUCAAUAUGGUUGCCGGUUCUUGCAAAGAAUUUUUGAUGAGGGAACUCCCCGAGAUGUUCAAAUAAUAUAUGAUGAGAUAAUUGAUCAUGCCGUCGAACUUAUGAUGAAUCCAUUUGGGAAUUACCUUAUGCAAAAACUGUUGGAAGUGUGCAAUGAAGAACAAAGAACGCAAAUACUACUAAGGGUGACUGAAGAUCCUGGUCAACUUGUCAGCAUCUCUUUAAAUACCCAUGGGACUAGAGUAGUGCAGAAGUUGAUUGAAACGCUGAAGACCAGGCAGCAAAUUUUGCUACUCAUUUCAUCGCUCGAACCAGGAUUUCUUGAUCUUAUCAAGGACUUGAAUGGUAACCAUGUUGUUCAGAGGUGCUUGCAAUGCUUUAGUAAUGAAGACAGUAAGUUCAUUUUCGUCACUGCUGCUAAGUACUGCGUUGAUAUUGCAACGCACCAACACGGCUGUUGUGUUCUGCAAAGAUGCAUUACUCAUGCAAUGGGGGAGUAUCAAGAAAACUUAGUUGCAGAAAUUUCCGCCAAUGGACUUCUUCUCGCUCAAGAUGCAUUCGGAAAUUAUGUUGUUCAGUUUAUAUUGGAGCUGAAGAUCCCAUCUGCCACGUCGAAGCUAAUAUCUCAGUUCGAGGGCAACUUUGUGCAUCUCUCAACACAGAAGUUCAGCAGCCACGUCGUUGAAAAAUGCCUGGUUACAUGCGACGUUGAAAUCCAGUCAAAGAUCAUCCGCGAGCUGGUCUCUGCAACGCACUUCGAGCAGCUGCUCCAGGACCCCCACGCAAACUAUGUUAUCCAAACAGCGCUUCGUGUUUCUGAGGACUGUCUUCAUAAGCUAUUGGUGGAUGCAAUCGAGUCCCACAAGUCAAUCUCGCGCAACAGUCCCUAUUCCAAGCGGAUUUUCUCUAACAAGCUGUGGAAGAAGUGAUGCAAAAUCGCUCGUUUGGGCAAAAGAAGGUUUGUUAGAAGCUCUGCUCUUCUUUAUCAUUCCACUCUUAAUGAUCAUGAGAAGUAGUAGCAAAUAAAUGAUCUGUUGUCAAUUUUGCUCUGUAAUAUUUAUCCACUCGGGUUUUUUUUUUCCAAGAAUGGGUGACUGUAAAGAACAAGGAAUUGCCAUUUACGUUGCUUGAAAUAUAUGUAGAUUGAUUUGUAGUACUC